AUCAACAGUGCUUGUUUUUCACUGGCUUUUCAAAUCCUACACGGGAGUCCUAUUUCUAAUAUCCCUUCUCCAGAAAUCACAGUACUAAAGGAAUUUACUUUGCCACAAGAAGAAGCCCUUUUGAACACGAUGGCUGCGCCUGCAAAUGACAGACAACUCUUGCUUGAUUACAAUAAGAUGAGGGAAACCAACUGUUUGAUAGAAGGAACAAAUGAAUCGACCUGGCUCAGGCCUCAGAGGAGACACUAUCCUCAAUCUAACUGCUCUUCAGAAGAGAACUAUAGAAAGGAAAAGCACAAAUAUGUCAGUGACAGAACCUCCUGGAUCAAAAUAACUCCUCCUAAAAAUAGGGAAAAGAGGCAUUUUCCAGAAAAAAACCAUGCAAUCUUGGAUGACCUGUUCCUCGACAGCUAUGUUCCUGCCUGACCAGCUGGGCAUUUUGCACAACUGAAGAAAACAAUGUUGUGUUGUUUCUUUCUGAAUUAAAGUGCUUGCAAUUCCAAAUA